AUAUAAAGUUUACCCUUUGCACCUUGUCACUUAUGUGUUGCUGUGUCUUUUCUUCUGCUUUCUUUAAAUACUCUCAAUUCAUUUGGUAUGUCUAUCACUGCUGUCUCUAAAGAAGACUUGACACCAAAGGAUAAGAAGCAAAAUAUGCCACCUUCCCAUGGAUUCGUAUAACUCAGCCUUCUGCAUAAUCCUCCCUGCCCUCCAAAUGGAUUACAGCUGGAUGAAGGUUUAUUCAUACUCUUAGGCUGUUCCAUGCCAUUCAUUUCAGUGGGGAUUGCAGUGAAAGAUUUACAAUAGGCAAUGCUCCAUUAGUCAGAUUUGUGUGCUGCCCUUGAUGGCAGCCCAAACCUGAUGACAGAGAAGACCAGUGUUGUUUUCUUACUUGCAUGUGCACCCUCCCUUUCUCCCUCCUUUCUCUUGCCAUGGCUUCAGUUGUGAGGUCACUGUGUUCUCAUUCCAACAGCUUCUGAUUCUGUCAGCCCUUGAAAUGGAUGGAUGUGUUGGUGGGAAGUGGGGCCACCUGAAGUAAAAGAGGCAGAAUGCCUACGCUGAGACUCAAGCCCCCACCAUGGGUCCUCCUGGGCUCCUACUCUUUCUGACACAGUUAACUCCAAAUGUUCUGUCGUCAAUCCCAGGCACCCCUCUCACAGAGGAAGAGUAUGAUACCUUUUUCUCGUUCCAAAAGCCCGUAUGGAAGGCAAACCACUUGUGUCAGAUCCGGCACAGCAAAGGGUGCAAUGAUCCUAGAAUAAUGCCUCUGGAUCAGUUCGAAAAUCAUGGCGAGAUCCCAGAGGGUCCCAUCUGCACUGAUUUUCCUGUGUACACACGUUUUGAGAACUUUUGUGAAUUUGCACAGUCUCGGUGCUUAAAUCACCACUUCUAUGCUAGGAGGAUCCCAUGCCUUGAGCCUCCAGUCCUAGAAGAGAUAAUUGUCGUCUCUUCAGCUACAAGCAAGGCCCCUGACACAUCUAUACCUGUGCCAAUUGAGACUACUUCACCUUCUCCUGAGAUGCGCCUUCGCACCAACAUUGAUGCCAUUUUGAAAUACGCCUUUGCAGUCUCUGGCGAGGCGCCUGUGCCUAGGAAGCCCACACCAGUUCCGGAAAGCAUCCUGGAAAUCCUUGAACCUACCACCCCAGCAUAUCAGCCAGAACUCUCAAGCGCUCAAAUUGCCACACUCACUGCUGAAAUGCUCUUCUCAGACAGCCAAAAGAGUGAAGGCACAACAAGCUCCGCAGAGCUUGUUGUGCCUUCAUCCGCAGACGAUGAGCUCCACCAAAGCAUCCACCGCCUAAUUGCCAAGGCCUUUUCACUGGAGAAGUCUCUGAAUGCGGACAAAGUGCCAACAGACAAAGAUGUAAAAACCGAACAAGAAGCAGCUUCAGAGAACAGUACCAGCGGCAGCAUCUUAUCUCUUGACAAGAAUGCAGCAUUGGUGAUUCUGUGUUAUUCAGUCCUGCAAGAUAUUUGCAUAACUACCGCUGUUAGUAAGGCCUGGCAAGAAGUGGAAGCAAAAUUCUUUGGCUAUGGGGAUUUGGUAUGUGACAACUUUGGUCGACGGCACACAAAUCUGUGUACUGGGUGUGCAUUCUGCUCCCUGAAGAUAGAGCAGUGUCAAGGGACUACCAACCUGAAACGCACCCACUGUGAAGGCGACAAGUUUAGUGACUACAUCAAUCCCGGGAUCUUGGCCCAGCACAAGGCCAUGGUCCCUAUGAUCACCUCGGUGGAAAAUGAGUAUUAUGGGAUUGAGGAUUAUGGUGGCUUACAGACCGAGUACUGGUGUGGUCGCCUGGCUACCCACGGUUGUGACGACUACCGUGCAGCGCUCUGGUUGCAGUCAGAAUAUUCCUCCUUUCAAGGAGGAGAUUUCCCCGACAAGAUCUGUGACUCAGAAGGAAAUCAACAUCCUACCUAUUGUGCUUUCAAGAGCAAGCAGUGUCUAGAGUACACCCUCAAUAAGAAGAAGCUGUUUCGGACGGGAUGCCUUAAAAAUGAAACCUACAAUGUGCUCAACAAGGGUGAAGGAGAAGAUGAAGUGCUGCAGUGGAGUGAGAAAUUUUCAAGCGUCGCUGAAUCAUAACUGCACAGAAGGGUAGCGUCAACAGAGAGGAUGAGGAAGCAGAAAAAUAAAACCAGUUUGUGUCUAUGA